CCCCCACUCCCCUCACCAUUCCCACUCCCCUCACCAUUCCCACCCUCACCCACACCCGCACCCCCACCACACGCACCACCCCCCUCCUUCUGUCAUGACCACCACCGCCCGCGAGCACCUGCUGGUGGUGCGCCGGCGCAGCCCCCACAUGCGCUACACCCUCAGCCCCGAGAACCUCCGCACCCUCUCCGUCCAGGGUGGAGGCAGUGGUGGCGGAGUAGGAGGGGGGCUGAGCGGAGGGGCUGGAGGUUCACGCUCGGGCACAGGUGACGCCGCACCCCUGGGGCUGCAGCGGGCCAACAGUGACACGGACCUGGUGACGUCGGAGAGCCGCUCCUCGCUGACGGCGUCCACCUACCAGUUCACACUGGGCCGCGGCCAGAACCUGGUCAUCUCCUGGGACAUCAAGGAGGAAGUGGACGCCACCGACUGGAUCGGGCUCUACCAAAUCGAUGAGACGUGCCCUGCUAAUGUAUGGGACUCGAAGAACCGCGGGGUGAACGGCACUCAGAGGGGGCAGAUCGUCUGGAGACUGGAGUCUGGGCCCUACUUCAUGGAGCCCGAGACUAAGAUCUGCUUUAAAUACUACCAUGGAGUCAGUGGAGCCCUGAGAGCAACUACGCCCUGCAUUACAGUCAAGAGCCCUGGACUUCCAGCGGGAGCAGAGGGUCAAGUGGACCAUUCCGUGACGGAACACUGUCGGAAGCUGGUCAGCUUCACUUUGUCAGACAUCCGUGCUCAGGGCCUGAAGAAAGGCAUGUUCUUCAACCCUGACCCCUAUCUGAAGAUGUCCAUCCAGCCGGGCAAGAGAAGCAACUUUCCAACCUUCACCCACCACGGCCAGGAGAGACGAGCCACCAUCGUCACCAACACCACCAACCCUGUGUGGCACGGAGAGAAGUAUACAUUUGUGGCACUCAUGACGGACGUUUUUGAAAUCGAGGUCAAGGACAAGUUUUCCAAAAGUCGCCCAAUCAUCAAGCGCUUUCUGGGUCAGCUGACCCUCCCAGUGCAGAGACUCCUGGAGAGACAUGCUUCAGGAGACCAACCUGUGAACUAUACCCUGUGUCGGCGAUUGCCCACAGAACAUGUCAGUGGCCAGAUUCAGUUCAGAGUGGACAUCACUUCUACAGGACAUGAAGAUGCCAUGGGCUCCUUACUUGGGGCCUCCAUGAAUGGGGACCCCGGGAGCCCGUCUGAUGACGAAGAUAUCCUUCAUCCCGCCUCCUCCUCCCGCCUCUUGCGUGGCCCCUCCCCCACUGGCUCUGAGGACUCCCUCCACGGUGACAGUCUCCACAACGGUGACGGACUUGCUGUUGGCGACGACCGUCUGCGUGAGCUCCAGACAGGUGCCAACGGCGGAGCGGAGUUGGUGGACGGGGCCAUUGGAGGUUACACCCACCGGCAGGUGUCCCUCAACGAUUACCUGGAUGCCAUCGAGGCCCCUAAGGGCCCCGGGGAGAGGCCCCUAGGAGCCGCCUCGCCGAAACUGCGCUCCAGCUUCCCAACGGACACACGGCUCAACGCCAUGCUGCACAUCGACUCCGAUGAGGACGAGGAGGGGGCUUCACGCAGCGUGGCUGACGCCCUCCCGCCACUCCUGACCAAUGGGGCAGCAGCUGGGGCGAAGGCACACACCUCCUCAGAGCAGGAGAAUGAACAGGAGCAAUGUGAGGGGGCGAAGAAGGCUGAGAAAGAGGAGGAGGAGACUGCAGGGGGGGGAAAUGCCGAGGCAGCAGGAGCAGCAGCUGAGUCGGGGGCAGCAGGAGAAGAAGCAGGAGCAGCAGCUGAGACUAGGGCAGCAGGAGCAGCGGCAGGAGCACUUGCAGGAGCAGCAGCUGAGACGGGGGAAGCAGGAGCAGCAGCAGCGGCAGCGGAGACCGUAGAGAUGGAGGGAGACAGCAGAGGAGAGGAAAGAACAGAGGAGAGAGGAGGGAAGGAGGCAGGGGCCAUCGCAGGGGCCUCACAGGGCCCUCAGGCUUCUGCUUCCACUGCACAGGCGCAGGAGGGGGAGGAGCAAACAGAAGAAGCAUUAAAGAACAGAUCUGAGGAGGCGGAGUCUUCAGAAGAACCAAGGGGAGGCGAUAUAACAGAGACCACACCCUCAAACAGUAAUGUUACUGGUGAAGGGGGAGGAGCCACCGCAUCCGGUCAAUCAGGACAGGCUAACGAGGAAGAGGAGGAGGAGGGAGAGGAAGUCUGGCAGAGGAGGCAGAGCCUGCAGGCCUCUGGGAAUGCCAGUCAGGAGGAUGGGGCGUGGUCAGCUGAGGCAAGUGGGACCACGGCAGAAUCAGGACAGGCUGCCAUGGAAACGGACGGAGGGUCAGCUGAAGCCCAGGUGAAUGGUCAUCAGCCUGUGCGCCUCCCCUCGAUCCGCCACGAGAUCAGCCGCUACCAGAGAGUGGACGAGCCCCUGCCUCCCAACUGGGAGGCCCGUAUAGACAGCCACGGGCGGAUCUUCUAUGUGGACCAUGUGAACCGCACCACCACCUGGCAGCGGCCCACUGCCCCCCCGGCCCCCCAGGUGCUGCAGCGCUCCAACUCCAUCCAGCAGAUGGAGCAGCUCAACCGCAGGUACCAGAGUAUCCGUCGGACGAUGACCAAUGAGAGGACAGAAGAGCAGGCAGCCGAGAUGCCCUCCGAAGACAAUGAGCUCAUGCACCACGCUAUACCUGAGUACCGGCGGGACAGUGCGGUGCCUCCCUCCAGCUCUCGCUCGCGUCUCUCUCUGCUGCUGCAGUCCCCCUGCGCCAAGUUCCUCACCAGCCCUGACUUCUUCGCCGUGCUGCAUUCCAACCCUAGUGCCUACCGCCUGUUUACAAGUAACACCUGCCUGAAGCACAUGAUCAGUAAAGUGCGUCGGGACGCUCAUAACUUCGAGCGCUACCAGCACAACCGGGAUCUGGUCACCUUUCUCAACCUGUUUGCCAACAAACAGCUGGAGCUUCCCCGCGGCUGGGAGAUGAAGCAUGACCACAUGGGAAAGCCCUUCUUUGUGGAUCAUAACUGCCGCUCCACCACCUUCAUUGACCCCCGGCUGCCGCUGCAGACUGCUCGACCCAGCAGCCUCCUGGCCCACCGGCAGCACCUGAGCCGCCAGCGCAGCCACAGCGCCGGGGAGGUGAGCACCCGACGUCUGGUUGGAGAUGACCCACGGCAUGCUGGACCCUCAGUUCUGGCUCGAUCCUCCAACAACCGGAACCAGUGCCAGGACGUGGUUCCCACGGCCUACAACGACAAGAUUGUGGCGUUUCUAAGGCAACCCAGCAUCUUCGAUAUCCUGCAAGAGAGACAGCCGGAGCUUAUCAGAAAUCACUCGCUCAGGGAGAAGGUGCAGUUUAUCCGUAAUGAAGGAGCGUCUGGUCUGGCUCGUCUCUCCAGCGAUGCUGACCUAGUCAUUCUGCUAAGUCUGUUUGAAGAGGAAGUGAUGUCGUACGUGCCGCCCCAUGCCUUACUGCACCCCAGCUACUGCCAGUCACCACGUGGCUCCCCGGUCUCCUCCCCCCAGAACUCUCCUGGGACACAGCGAGCAAAUGCAAGGGCCCCUGCUCCGUACAAACGCGAUUUUGAGGCCAAGCUCCGGAAUUUCUAUCGUAAACUAGAGACGAAAGGUUAUGGACAGGGACCUGGGAAGGUUAAGUUGAUUAUACGCAGGGACCAUCUCUUGGAAGACGCCUUCAACCAGAUCAUGUGCUACUCUCGUAAGGACCUGCAGAGAAGCAAGCUCUAUGUCAGCUUCGUAGGCGAAGAAGGGUUGGACUACAGUGGCCCGUCGAGAGAGUUCUUCUUCCUGGUGUCGCGCGAGCUGUUUAAUCCAUACUACGGUCUGUUUGAGUACUCGGCCAAUGAUACCUACACCGUACAGAUCAGCCCCAUGUCGGCCUUUGUGGACAACCACCAUGAAUGGUUCCGGUUUAGUGGGCGCAUCCUGGGUCUGGCACUGAUCCAUCAGUACCUGCUAGAUGCCUUCUUCACUCGGCCCUUCUACAAGGGACUCCUGCGCAUUCCUUGUGAGUUGAGUGAUCUUGAGUACCUGGAUGAGGAGUUCCACCAGAGUCUGCAGUGGAUGAAGGAUAAUGACAUCGAGGAUAUUCUGGACCUCACCUUCACUGUCAAUGAGGAGGUCUUUGGCCAGAUCACUGAGCGUGAGCUGAAGCCGGGCGGAGCAAACAUCCCUCUGUGUGAGAAGAACAAGAAGGAGUACAUCGAGCGCAUGGUGAAGUGGCGCAUCGAGAGAGGGGUGGUGCAGCAGACUGAGAGCCUGGUGCGCGGCUUCUACGAGGUGGUAGAUGCACGGCUGGUUUCUGUGUUUGAUGCUCGUGAACUGGAGCUGGUGAUUGCUGGCACAGCAGAGAUUGAUCUGGGAGACUGGAGAAGUCACACAGAGUAUAGAGGAGGUUACCAUGACAACCACAUAGUGAUCCACUGGUUCUGGGCCGCCGUCGAGAGAUUCAACAACGAGCAAAGACUCCGACUGCUGCAGUUCGUGACGGGCACCUCCAGCAUCCCUUACGAGGGCUUCGCCUCCCUGAGGGGCAGCAACGGCCCCCGGCGCUUCUGUGUGGAGAAGUGGGGAAAAAUCACCUCUCUACCCAGAGCUCACACCUGUUUCAACCGUCUGGAUCUGCCGCCCUACCCCUCGUUCUCCAUGCUGUACGAGAAGCUACUUACAGCCGUGGAGGAGACCAGCACCUUUGGCCUGGAGUGACCUUUGACCUACAACCCACUAGCCAACAAACUCCUGUCGCUCCAGGCGACUGCACGACCUCCUCGGACCCCCCACCCCACCCCCACUGCUCUCCCUCUCCUCUUCAAAGGUCUAAACCCCAAAAGACUCCAUAGGGGUCAGCUCUUUGAUCCACGGCUAGACUCACAGGCCAGUGGAGCACUUACAAAAAACACACCAGUCACACCAUCAGGUAACACGGCAUCAUACACACAACCUCACCGUAGAGAAGUUUACGAUUACAACACACUCACACACACACACACACACACACACACACACACACACUCAUGUUCGCCCUACACAUCACCCCUUCCCCAACUUUGUGCCUAGAGGGAGAUGUUGGCGAGAUUUGAGUUCCUUCAAAACAAGGAAGUUAAUGACCUAAAUGUUUCUAGAGCCUCAAAAAGAGGAUACCAUCCUCUAUGCUGGACAUCAAGUGGGAACUGAUGAGAGAACUGAUGUAGAAGAUCUCUUCUACCAAUCACAAGAUAUGAAAAUCAGAUGUGCUGUAAUGCAUCUGUUUUUUUUUGUCACGAAGGAAUGGACAAGAGGGAACUUGGAGGAGAGGUGGACUUUACCAGAGGAAGAAGUAAGCCAGUGAAGGGCUGAAGGAAGAAAGAGACAGUGUUCUGAGGGGCAAUCUAGAACCCCAGUCUGUUUGUAAAGGCUGAAGUUGCGCACCAAGAAUAAGGCAACCCGAGAGGUUGCCAGAUAUGGUGUAAAACCCUCAAGUGGAGCACGGCGAAAGCUUGUGUCUUUCUAUACAAACCAAACUCUUUUUGUACCAAAACACAAAGAUAUCAUCAUGUGAAUGUACAGCGUGAUAUUGUGUCACUUGAUCACAGCUUUCUUGUAGUGGCUUUUGCUUACCUGGGGAAAACAAAGAACUUCAGUGAGACCAAAACAACCCGACUUUCAUAUCUGGUGUAGGCACCACAGUUUCACCACAUUUUCACACUCAAACCUCCCUUUAUAUUUCCUGAUGUAAGGCUGGGUUUUUCACCAUUAUCUUCAUUAAUAUGUGAUGUUAUUUUAAAGAUGCGCAUUAUCAACUUAGUUUUACUUUGUGAAUGAUGUUUUCGGAGUUAAUCGUUAAUCGUUUUUAUUAUAUUUUUUUUGCUGGUAGAUAUGAGUGUCUGCAAUGCAGAAUUUGUCUAUCAGGUUUGUGUGACCAUUGUUAAGGAGACUCCGCACCAAUCCACAUUAGUUUAUAAGAGGAGCACUGGGCACCAUGAAUCACACAAACACACACAUCGAUGUACCAAACAACAAAUGCAUGGUAACCAACAACAAAUGUGUCUCUUUGGAGCAAAGGUCUUCUGGAGAGAGCAAAUUGUUCACUGACAGAUGGGGCCGAGUCACACACACAUAUCUGUGAUGACACCCUGUUAGAUGGAGGUGUUAUUGCCAGUGACUUUCAGAUACGGCUCUUCAGAUGAUGGACAGUAAAGACCACAGAUGAUAUGCUAGCUCAUGCAAAAGGUCUUUUCCUUGUCCUUAGAUUGUUAUUUUACCAGGGAACACAUGCGUUCAGUUGCACUAUCAAACAGCUCCUGCUCAAAGGGUCUCUGUGAUACUUUUCAUCAAACUUUAGCAUGUCAUGUUAGGCUGGAAAUGUGACUGACAUUUAUGUUAAAUGAUUUCAUUUUUCUUUUUUUCUAACCUGUUUCCUCCAUAAUCAUACACGUCCAGAUUAUUCAUAAGUAGUAAAAUGAUAGCAUUACCUAACACGUUCUACUUCUAAUAUACACCAUAUCUAUAACAUCUGGGCGUGCUCUCCUGUGUAAACACUCUUGGAAAGAAGAAAUGGGUUGCUGUCUAGAAUGCUUCAGGGUUGGUCAAGCCUUUGAGAGUUCUUCAGCUUACCAGCUUUAUGGCAGUCUUUCAGGUAUCAUAAAUUAGCAACAUGAUGCAGUUUUUUUUUUGUAAGCAUAGACUUCUUUGUGUAAAUAAAGCUGUAGGUAGAACGCAGCCUUUUACAGAACCCUUCAACCCAUAUUGUUUUUCCAGGAGUGUAGAGUCAUCAAAUUACACCUUUUGAAGUCUCCAGAUGUCUGGAAUGUACUCUUACCAUGGCACUUUUGUAACAAGUUUGUCAGAAUGUAAGAGAAGUCGACGCAAUGUCACGCUCCACAGUGUCAGCGAAAGGACGGUGUGCAAGCUCAUGUGGCCUGAGUGUACUUAGUAAAGCGUUUGAGGUUGAUAACUGUCUUUCCCACUCUCGCUAUCUCUCUCCCAUUCUUCUGUUCGCAAUGCCUGUGUAGACGUCUCACUGAAUGUACCAAAGGCAUCAGGCUGAAAAGUACUGUCCAGUCAUAUCUUCAAUACACUGUAUUUUUACCUUCACCACCCACCAACUCCACCAACCCCAGCUCUCACAAGCAUUCAUAUGCUACGUUAUGCUCCUAAGAACAGAUUUGGGUCAAGAGACGUGGCAGUACAAUGGGGCCCUCAACUACAGUUUUGUUUGUGUGUGAAUCCUUAUUUGGACUAUUUGAGCCAGUUCAAAUUUUGAAUGAUAAGAGCCUAUUUGUAAAUUAUACCACUUACAUUUUGUUCCAUCAGAGGUGGUAAAUUGAUCCCGAAUUUGUUUGUAUGGGCAGAACAGGGACUGGGGCUGUGCAGACACACCGUCAGUUUUGUGUAUGGUAGUUUUCUGCACCUAUGUAACUCUUUUCUAAAUAUUCUCACCUUUAUGUAUUUAUUUUUUACUGGGACGUAGUCCCUGGCACCCCCCAGCCCCCCCUCCCCCCUUUCGUGAUUGGACGGCCUCUGUGUCUCCAGCUCCUGCUACUUUUCUGAUUGGGCCUGGGUGACGCCUGUCAGUGCACAUGCUCCACUCUAUGCAAGGCUGUUUCUCCUCAUGUCACCACUGAUUGUAUAAAAUAUGAAAACUGUUGGAGAAAAAAGUGCCUUGGUGUCUUCAUUUCUAUUAUUGCUUGUGAGAGGGAAAUGUAAUGCUACUACUUAAAAGUGAGGAAUACAAAUAAACUUGGACGUGCCUAUUGGUUGCACACCUGACGUUCCACCCCAGAUACUCGUUCACCAUUAAAAGUGUCAGAUAGGGCAUAGCAGAAGAGUUGCAUUUUUUAUAAAGGGAUAGUGUGAUUAAGGAUGCUGUCUGGCUGCAACAGGAACACCAUGUGGAGAGUGGACACCAGAGACAGGCAAAGGUAUAACUGGCCUACUUUCUGAAAGAACGAGUGCGGAAGGUGAGCGUCAGGAUGAGAUGGGGUUUUACCUUUGUUUAACACCAGGGGGCAGUGCAACUCCAGGGCGUCUUGUGUAGAGACGAACGCCGUGCACAUUAAUUAUCUGGUCAUCAGAUCUAGGUUGACUACUAGGUUAGGCAAGUAAAAUGUAGUGAUGUGACUGAAACAAUUACAAAUGACCUAGGAAACCUUGGCUCAAUGAUAAGAAUUUAGGUUUAGAGUGAGUUUAUUUAGUUGAACUAUAGGAUAAUUGAUAAUUGACCUCAACCAUAGCUAAAUAUUGUGUUGAGGUCGUCUUCUGAUGUUAUCUUUCGUUUUACACUUUGGUUGUAAUCUUUCCUGUGGACAUAAACUGCAAGACUGUGGCUAGGUACUGAAUUGUCGAAUCUCGUUCGAAUUGUCGAAUACUUGCCUCCAGCAGGGGUCAUCCCUGUUCCAAUUACAUAGACCCUUUCUUGGCCGGCGAAGAAAGUGCAG